GGUCUUUUCCCAACUGAAAUCUUUUUGUUUUCUCAGGUGUGGGUUGCUGACCGAGGAAAUAAAAGACUCCAAGUAUUUGAUAAAGACACUGGAGAGUGGUUAGGAGCAUGGAGUAGUUGUUUCACAGAAGAAGGCCCCUCUUCAGUCAGAUUUACUCCAGAUGGGAAGUACUUGAUUGUGGCCCAGCUGAAUCUCAGCAGGCUGUCCAUCCUGGCGGCCCCACCCACCGGAAACCUCGGGCACUGUUCAGUGAUCAGCACCAUCCAGCUACCAGAUCAAGUUCUGCCACACCUCUUAGAAAUAGAUAGAAAGACUGGGGCAGUUUAUGUAGCAGAAAUCGGGGCAAAGCAAGUACAAAAGUUUGUUCCUUUGAAUAGCCACAUUCCUGGGUUCAGUGUUUAGUCUUCUUUGUUUUUGCUUUUUUCUGGAGAUGAGUGGCAGUUAACAUUUUUGGAGUUGUUCCGUGUUUCAAAAUAAUGCUCAAAGCCGGACGCUGGUGGCUCACACCAGUAACCCUAACUACUCAGGAGGCUGAGAUCUGAAGGUCAUGGUUCAA